UAUUGUACUUUUUUAACUUUACUGGCGCUCUUUUCUUCGUUGGUCCUGCCUCUUCGAUGCCUUGGCCGGCGCCCUACCAACCGCGACGGUCUUCGGAGAGCCAGCACUGCUCGGGCAGUGGCGGUAGCAUGUCGCCUGAAAAGACUCCAGAGAGGGACCCAGUACAGUCUGUAGAGAAGCACCAGCAACCAGCAAGCGCCAACGAAAAGGGAGAACUGGAGUUUUGUGAGGCGGUGGGGCGUCCGGACCGGGAGGUUGUGCAUGGCAGGGGCGUUUCCAACGAGAUGGUUGUGCGGGUGUCCCAGCGCGCCACGCAUGUGUUGAUGAGGGGGACAAUUCGGUCACUGGUCGAUCCCCUGCGCUGCCCCUUCGGGCUGAAAGAGGGCGCCACGGAGGCCUGCGUCGCGUUCCGCGCGGGUAUACCGCAGGGGCUGAAGGCGCACUUGGAGGCCGUCCACGGUCUGCACAACGUCCAGCUGAAUUUUGUCUGUCCGUGUCCGGCCGAGUUCAGCGACGACGACGCCGACUGUCCGUUCGUGCGGUUCGACCCCUUCGGCGACUUGUUGCCCAACCACAUCCGCGAGCGCCAUCCUAUAUACAAAGAGCGCAUCAUGCAGGCGCUGUACAAACAACGCAGCAACAAGUGUGGCGAGAAGUACCGGGAGUUCCUGCGGACAGCCAAGAGCGAGACCUUCCCGGAGGGGACCAGUAAUUGCAGUAUCCUGUGGCCCAGCCAGAUCAUCGCCGACCGGAUCGUCAUCCCCACCCGCGUUGAUAAGAAUGGUCAAGUGAAGUAUGUGUGCAAAAUCGACGCGUGUGCACUUGCCGUCAGUGAAGACGGCCCGGGCCGGCUGCUGGAGUCGUCGCACUGGAUGCACGCGCAUCUGAUAAUGCAGCAUCAGCAGCGUUGCGCGCCGCUGCCCACCCAAGUGUACCACGCCUGCGCCGACGCGGAGUGCCCGGUCCAGGUGUUUUCGCUGUACGACAUGAUGGACAGCCACAUCAAGGCCGUGCAUCCGCAGCUGCUGGGUAUAGUGUACUCGGAGAACGCCCUGCAGGAGCGGGCCAAGCUGGAAGGGUUCGUGACGGGACAGUGCACCGGGGAGGCGCUGAACACUAGCGUCGACAGCGAGGACUCGGAGGACAGCUAUCUCUACAACUACACCUGUCCCGUCCAGGGCUGUCUGGUCAGUCAUUCCGAGCGCGACUACAUGCUGUGGCACAUCGGCGCCGAUCACGAGAAAGACUGGAAUACACUUCAACUGGUGAAUGAUCAGUAACGACACCCGUGGGAGGCCGCACAAUGGCGCUAUCUGUCCAGGCCAAGGCCAAUCGAGUUUCCCCCUGUCGAUCCUCAGUUUCUCGCUGACAUGCUGAUGCACGAUCCAUUUUUACGCACUGGACUGCCUUUUGCUGAUUGGUUUGUGCAAUUUUUCUUAGGACUUUUUCUGUGCUCCGUUAUGUCGUUGUAUGUCCAUUUUUAGUCGAGCUGUUCGUUUCUUUCAGACGUUGCUCC